CCCUGUCCGGCCGGCCUGCAGAGCUGCAGUUCGUGUUUCCAUUUUCUACUCGACGAAAACUUCACCUGAAAGCCUCUGACUGAGCUUUUUCAGAUUUAGCGAGCGAGAGAAGAUGAAGAACCUCAUAGCCAUCCUCUUUCUCUCUCUACACCUUUGUUCUCUUCUCAACUUCUCGAUCGCCGGUCGCAGCUCCAUCGCCUCCGGCGUCUCAGGUUUUGCAAAUCCGAGUGUUACUUUGCGAUCGAGCAGACAUUUAUUAGCAGAAGACAGCAAAAUAUCUUUGGAAGAACACUUACGGAAUCUUGAAGAAUUAUCUAAAGGCUACAUGACGAAUUCUGACCUUGAAAAUGCAAUUAUGGCAUUUAAUCGUAGGUGUAGCAGCAUAUCCAGAGUAUACAGCAUUGGAAAGAGUGUAGAAGGAGUUCCACUGUGGGUGAUGGAAAUUUCAGACAAACCAGGGAAGCAAGAGGCUGAACCUGCUUUUAAGUUUAUUGGAAAUGUGCACGGGGAUGAACCUGUAGGGCGUGAGCUUCUGAUGCUUCUAGCUAAUUGGAUUUGUGAUAAUUACAUGAAGGAUCCCUUGGCUACCUUGAUUGUAGACAAUGUUCACCUUCAUAUUCUACCAUCUAUGAAUCCUGAUGGGUUUCAGAAGAGGAGACGUGUAAAUGCAAAUAACAUUGAUUUAAACCGUGAUUUCCCUGAUCAGUUCUUUCCCAUGAAUGAUGAUCAUGGCUUACGUCAACCCGAAACAAAAGCAAUUAUGAGUUGGAUGGAAGGAAUACAUUUCACAGCAUCUGCUAGCCUGCACGGGGGUGCACUUGUUGCAAAUUAUCCAUGGGAUGGAACUGAAGAUAAAAAGAAAUAUUACUUUGCUUGCCCUGAUGAUGAAACUUUCAGAUAUAUCGGAAGUUUAUAUAGUCAUCAUCACCGUAACAUGUCUCUAAGCACGGAAUUUCCAGAAGGAAUUACAAAUGGUGCACAUUGGUACCCUAUAUAUGGCGGCAUGCAAGAUUGGAAUUACAUACAUGCCGGCUGUUUUGAGUUAACAUUAGAGAUUAGUGAUAAUAAAUGGCCUAAUGCAACUGAACUUCCCACUCUUUGGGAAUACAAUAAAAUGAGCAUGCUACAUCUUGUUGCAAGUGUUGUAAAGGCCGGAAUUCAUGGAAAGAUCUUUUCUUCUGAUCAUGGAAAGCCUUUACCUGCUUCAAUAGCCAUAAAGGGAAUAAAUUACACGAUCAAAGCUGGCGAAACAUUCGCAGACUACCACCGCCUAUUAGCUCCUGGCAACAAUUAUGAAGUUGUGGCAACGAUGCCGGGAUACAAGUCAAAGAGCACUCACAUCAUUUUAGGGGAAGAAGCAAUGACAGUGGACUUUAUUCUUGAUCCAGUAAUCGCUAAUGCAGAUGAUGGCUUUUUGCAGAAGAGCUGGGAUAACAACUUCUUGCCAUGGUGGCAGUCGAAACUUUUUAUUAUGAUUCUAAUAUUGACUUUCCUUUGCAUCUUGAGGAGAAGAUUAUUAAACCGGUCCAAACAUAGACAGAAUGCAGGGUUAAAAAGGCCUCAAUUAUAAGGUUUUUUAGUUUGCCUUCCUCAAGAGAAUCUGUACCUUGUAAUGAAAAUUUUUUAUAUUACAAUAUUUUGAUUUAUGAUUCAAUGAAGGGAUUUUUUUUUUUGGGGUCAA